UUCCAUUUUUUUUUAAUUUAUUCAGACGACGUGAAGGGGGAACAAGACUUGAGAAAUGGGUUACCUCUUUUGAUAGUCCUUAAAUAUACACGCACAUAUGUGCCCUAAUCCAUAGAUCUUCCUUCCGCUCCUGGAUCGCUAAUCGCUGCUUAAUAGUUUCGAGUCUUAUCGGUCAAGGAUAUAUAAUCUGAAAGCUGUGAUCAUGUCUUCUUCAUAUCUUCCAGCAACCACAGAUUCUCUUGUUCAGGCUACUGAAACUAAAACCCCAUCCGAGGCAAUAUCUAUCCUCUAUCGCGUACUUGACAAUCCCUCAUCUUCUUCUGAGGCCUUGAGGAUAAAAGAACAGGCCAUCUCCAAUCUCUCUGAUCUUCUUAGACAAGAGAACAGAGCCGAGGAACUCAAAAAUCUACUGACUCAGCUCCUGCCCUUCUUCUCAUUGAUACCCAAAGCAAAAACUGCUAAAAUUGUCCGUGGAAUUGUUGAUGCUGUAGCCAAAAUACCAGACACUUCAGAUCUUCAGAUUGCCCUCUGCAAGGAAAUUGUGCAAUGGACCCGUGCAGAGAAGCGAAAUUUCCUUCGCCAGCGAAUUGAGGCAAGACUUGCAGCUCUUUUGAUGGAAAACAAGGAAUAUUCUGAAGCAUUGAAUCUUCUUUCAGGGCUGAUCAAGGAAGUGAGAAGAUUAGAUGAUAAGCUGCUGCUUGUUGAUAUAGAUUUGUUGGAGAGCAAGCUUCAUUUUUCUUUGAGAAACCUUCCUAAAGCUAAGGCUGCACUUACUGCUGCUAGAACAGCUGCCAAUGCUAUUUACGUGCCUCCGGCUCAGCAGGGCACUAUAGAUUUACAAAGUGGGAUUCUUCAUGCAGAAGAGAAGGAUUACAAAACUGCUUAUAGCUAUUUUUAUGAAGCUUUUGAAGCUUUCAAUGCCCUUGAAGAUCCUCAGGCCAUAUAUAGCCUCAAGUACAUGUUGCUCUGCAAAAUUAUGGUUAGCCAAGCUGAUGAUGUUGCGGGAAUAAUAUCAUCCCCCAAGGUGGGCUUGCAAUAUCAGGGUCCGGAACUCGAUGCAAUGAAAGCCAUCGCUGAUGCACAUUCAAAACGCUCGUUGAAGCUUUUCGAGACUGCUCUUCGAAAUUUUAAGGCUCAGCUAGAGGAAGAUCCUAUUGUCCACAGGCACCUUUCUUCCCUGUACGACACACUGCUCGAGCAGAACCUUUGCAGGUUGAUUGAACCUUUCUCAAGGGUCGAGAUUGCUCAUAUUGCUGAGUUGAUUGAAUUGCCUGCUGACCACGUUGAAAAGAAAUUGUCACAAAUGAUCUUGGAUAAGAAGUUUGCUGGAACUUUGGACCAGGGUGCUGGAUGCCUAGUCAUUUUUGAUGAUCCCAAAACAGAUGCUAUAUAUCCAGCUACACUAGAAACCAUUUCGAAUAUGGCCAAGGUUGUGGACAGUCUUUACGUGAGAUCUGCUAAAAUAAUGGCAUGAGGUCCAGAUUGCUCAAUGCCCUUCCAUCGGCAGCUGCUUUACCCUUCACUGUCUUGGAUUCCAAAGUUGUGCUUGCUUUAUCGUUCUCCAUUGACACACUGCAAGUUAUUGUACUCUCAGUUAAACAUAUUUUGCUCUAGGUUCUUAAAUUCUUAGAAUUUUCAAUUCCAGUGAUGUGCUUUCUGAACUAUUUGAAUCUUUUUUGCUAUUUUCGGGGCAGAGAGACACUUUUCUUGGAUAUGUUUUUGCUGUGGAGUUCGUAUU